GGUCUGCAUCCCCUAAGGGGGUCCCAAAAUGGGAGGGCCAUUUGCCCCGGGUUAGGGACCCCAGGAUGUUUCCAGAAUUGGGAUGCUCCUCAAACCUGGAUGGGGGAGGGGAGGGGCUCCGCAGAGGGUCGAGACCCCGGACCUGGGGGUUCCUCGCCCCCUUACCUCUCCGCUGCCGCCUCCCCCGCCGCUCUCCCCAAACACUGCCCGGAACCGGCGCAGGUUGGUGCCGAUGGCGGCCGAGACCUGCAGCGCCGCGUCGAAGCCCGGGCCCACCCGGAGCAGGGCCGGCCCUGAGGAGGCUGAGGACGAUGACGAAGACGAAGACGAGGCAGACGACGAAGAGGCUGCUGAGGCGGCGGCCGCUCCCCCUGGAACCCCAGCCCCGCUGCUUCCCGCCGCCGCCGCCACCGCCGGGGGGGAGGGGGGCGCCCCGGGGCCGCCACCGCCGGCCGGGGGCCCGGGGGGAAGCAGCAAGGCCGGGACGCGUUGCCGCGGGGCGCCCCCUAGGCCCCGGCGCCCCCCGCCGCCACCGCCCCCGGUGGUCCCGGGUCGGGCGGGGAAGCGCCACCGACAGCUGUGCGCCAUGUUCGCCCCAAACACCGUAUUUUGAAGAGGAGUCCAGAAGGGAAAGAAGCUAUGUAGAAUAGCAUCCUUUUACCAGUAAGAUCAGUGCUCAUCACAAUAUUGGCCACAAGUCCAGAGGGAAUUUAUACCAACUAAUUAUCAGAGAAACCCAAGUUAACCAGUUUGAGGAACACUCUUCAGGAUAUCUAGACAAGAUACCUCAAAGUGGCCAAAUCUUGCAAGAUCAGACAUAAAAACAAACAAACAAAAAAAGAGAAUACCCUGAGGACUGGGACCUAGAAGUGAAAAAUACUAAUGGAAAAACUGGUGAAACCCAAAUAAAAUCUUCAGCUUAGUUAAAGGGAAAGCUGAAAAUAGGAAAUUCUUUGGAAAAAUGAGGAAAACGGCUUACUAGCAGACUAGUUAGUGUUCUGUAGGAGGGAACCUAGUAUUUAUUGAAUCUGGCACUCUAAGCUAUCAUUGUUUGGCUGGUGAUGAAGGGGAGGAGAAAACGAAUUACUAAGCAUCCAAACACAGCAAAACAAGCUCCAAAGCACUACAUGUUUUUAAAAUUCGCUUUACAUUCACAUUUUAUAACCAAAUCGGAACAUAUAGAAAUUCAGCUAUUUAGAAAUCUGACCUUCAACAAUUUACUACAAAACAGAAGAGUAAAUUUCACCUCCCGCUUCAGAAAUAAAACGAGUAAUCUGCUACUCAGAAAAGAACUGUACCGACAGAAUAUAUCAUUCAGGCUUGUGACUACUCAGUGUUCAUCUGAGCUACGGCACUCUAGCAGACUUUUCUAACAGAGCAACCCCGCGAACGCCAAGCCACCAUGCUAGAGACGACAGUGGGCUGGCAUCGCUUUCUAUGCGGACUCAGACAAGGAUAUUCAUCCCUGCGUUCCCACUUCCCUUCGCCGGAUGCAGACUCCUCUAGGAUCUGACCAAGACGGUAAGCAAACCCAACUUCCAGAGGCCUUACGGGUCUUUCAGAAUUCCUGAUGACUUUCUAGCACUUCGCCAGACCACCCGAUGAGGCCUGACGUGCGACCUUCACCGUCUCCGUCCUGCCUUCCCAGUUCUCCAAGGCACGGUGAGGGGGCCUCCCGGCGUCCGCGGCGGACUGAAACCCGGCUUGUUCACACGACCCUCUCCGUGUGCGCCCUAAGAAGCCGGCCGGGUGCAGGCUAGGGGAGGCUGCAGCCUCCCGGCUGCCCCUGGCGGCCCUCCCGGCUGCCCCUGGCGGCCCUCCCGGCGCCCCCGGGCCCCUUGGUGCCCACAGCACACUCCUGCCCGUCGCGAGCCUCCCCCGGGCCGCGCUCACCGGCUACUAGCCCCGGGGCCUUCUCCGCGAAGUUUCGGACGAACUUGGCCAUCGUCUAGGGUGGAAGGUCCGUCUCCUCGAACCGCCGGCUGAAUGUCACCCUCGGAAGGACCCGUGGCAGGCCCCCUGCCCGACUUCCAAGAGGCAGCAUGGAAAAUAGAGGAGCCCACCAGAAAGAAGGCACUUGUGGAGGAAAGGCCCAUGUGACUACAAGGAAGGUCAAGAAAAAUGUGAAGGGGACCGUUUGAGCACAACUACCCUUCAGUAAGGGGAAAAGUCACGGCACUGUGAACUUCAGGUGACAGAAGACACAUUUCUUAACUGGCUUGCACUGAGAACUGAUUCCUACACCAACUCAGCAUGGCCUAUAGAGGAGGAGGUGGGCAUGGGCAGCGCCCCUCAGUGAUGCCUUCCACCAACAGCACCCGCACACAUAAUAUCUGCAUGGUCUCUGACUUUUUCUACCCAAACAUGGGAGGUGUGGAAAGCCACAUUUACCAGCUCUCUCAGUGCCUCAUUGAGAGGGGGCACAAAGUCAUAAUUAUCACCCAUGCUUACGGAAAUCGAAAGGGCAUCCGUUACCUCACCAAUGGCCUCAAAGUUUAUUACUUGCCUCUCAGAGUCAUGUACAACCAAUCUACAGCCACGACUCUCUUCCACAGUCUGCCAUUGCUCAGGUACAUAUUUGUCCGGGAGAGAGUUACCAUAAUCCAUUCCCACAGUUCUUUUUCUGCCAUGGCCCAUGAUGCUCUCUUCCAUGCCAAGACAAUGGGGCUUCAGACAGUCUUCACGGACCAUUCCCUUUUUGGAUUUGCUGACGUCAGCUCUGUGCUUACAAACAAGCUUCUAACUGUGUCUCUCUGUGACACAAACCACGUCAUUUGUGUCUCUUACACAAGUAAGGAAAACACUGUACUGCGGGCAGCAUUAAACCCUGAAAGAGUGUCCGUCAUUCCCAACGCCGUAGAUCCUACUGACUUCACCCCAGGACCACUUAGGAGGCAUGGUGGUGUGAUAACAAUUGUUGUUGUGAGCAGGCUGGUUUACAGAAAAGGGAUUGACCUGCUCAGUGGUAUAAUACCCGAGCUCUGUCAGAAAUAUCCCGAGUUAAAUUUCCUAAUUGGGGGAGAGGGACCAAAGAGCAUCGUUUUGGAAGAAGUACGGGAAAGAUACCAACUACAUGACAGAGUGCAUCUUUUGGGAGCUUUAGAACACAAGGAUGUCAGAAAUGUCUUAAUUCAAGGACAUAUUUUUCUUAACACCUCCCUGACCGAAGCCUUCUGCAUGGCGAUCCUGGAAGCUGCCAGCUGUGGUCUACGGGUUGUCAGCACCAAGGUUGGUGGGAUUCCUGAAGUGCUUCCGGAGAAUCUUAUUAUUUUAUGUGAACCUUCAGUAAAAUCUUUGUGUGAAGGGCUGGAAAAAGCUAUUUUCCAAGUGAAGUCGGGGAUGUUCCCAGAUGCAGAAAAUAUCCACAAUGUAGUGAAGGCUUUCUACACCUGGCGGAAUGUGGCAGAGAGAACUGAGAAGGUGUACGAGAGGGUGGCGAAGGAAACUGUGCUGCCCAUGCACGAGAGGCUGACCAGGCUCACCUCUCACUGUGGCUCACUUACAGGCCACAUUUUCGCUUUGCUGGCUGUCUUCAGCUAUCUCUUCCUCAUGUUACUGAGAUGGAUGACUCCCGAUUCUGUCAUUGAUGUGGCAAUAGAUGCCACUGGGCCAAGGGGAGCGUGGACUCAUGAAUGUCCUCAUGAUACAAAAGGAGAUGAGAUUGACAAGGUAUCCAAGAGCGAGCCUGAACUGUAAACUUUAGAGAGUUCUAUUAAAAUGGUUGAAAAAUAACCUUGUUCUUUUGUUUUGGGGCUUUGAAGUUAACUUGCUAAACCAUGCUACCUCUGUAGCAUUCAUGGUUUCACUUGAGGAAAGCUCAACACUCAUGUGAUUCCUGAGCUUGGAAGUUCCUUGCACUCCUUUGAGGGAGACCAGUUCGGCCACUCAGGUUUGAAAGUUUCAGAUUACUGAAAUCCCUCCGGUGGAGAUGUUUUAGCAUUACACUUUGGGAGCCUUGGGUGCUAGGUCAUUUUUGGCCAGUUUUUAACAUUAUACUAUCAAUUCAACAUCCACCAGACACAUACAAGCUUAGGGAGAUGUAAAGUUAUGUGAACUAUUUUAAGUCAAGUUGAUGUUUCUUUAUUGGACCCUGAGAUUCUACUCUUACACAUGGGUAAAUGUACCAUACAAUCUGAUCAACUUGCCAACAUGUUUUGAGUACCUGCUCUAUAGGAAAUGUUGGACAGGUAGUACCUGCCACUUAGGACUUAGUUAAUGUGAUGUGGUCAAUAGUUAACAAGUCCCAAAUGCUCAAGUUACUUUAUUUGAGGAAAGUGCCACAUCAUAUACUCUUAGUACCUCUCUAAUCCUGCUGUAUGCAUUCUCCUAGGUGGACACUUCAUAUCAUGUGUGUAUGAAGACAUUUUGCUUUUCAAGUCCUAGGGGCUGGUACCACUGUUGUAGGCUUAAAAAAUUACUUAUUACUACUGUUGUGUGUUCAUGACAUGUAUGUAGGGUAGAACAAUGUGUGUCUGUAUACAGACCUUGAGUAUAAUUGUCAGUGUAUGUAGAAACACACUGUUCCACCCAGCUAUUUAGAAUUAUUUAAAGUGAAGUGAACAUUGAGGAAUUUUCUAAAAAGUUGUAUUGCUUUUUUUAAUUGUAUUGCUUCUGAUGUUAUAGUUGCAUGCAUAAACCAAGGCUGUUAAAACAUGCUCAUGACCAAAAAUAAA